GGAUCCUAUAUAAGGAGGAGGGAUGGUAUCGGAGUGUUUUGGGCUUCACAGUCCCUCUAGUGGACUUGGGGACAGAACACAAGAAUGCUUAGGAUCGGCUACUGCAAGCCUGGGUUCUGGGGCAUCUUCUGGUCCAUCCUGACCUUGGUGGGCCUGGCGACUCGUGCAGAACCUCCAUUUUCCCCUGUACCCCAAGAUUGAGGCUUCCAGGGCCUGGGUGCCUUCUCAGGCUGUGCUAUGUCCCUUCCUGUUGCAGCCCAGAGAGCCGAUGUGGGCGGGGAGGUGGCAGGCACCUCCAUCAACCAUUCCCAGAUGCUGCUCCAGCGCCUGCAGGACCUGCUGCGGCAGGGCAAUGCCAGUGACGUGGUGCUGCGUGUGCAGGCUGCAGGCACCGAUGAGGUCCAUGUCUUCCACACCCACCGCCUGCUGCUGGGCCUGCACAGUGAGCUCUUCCGGGAGCUACUGAGCAACCAAAGUGAGGUGGUGCUGGAGGAGCCCCGUGACUGUGCUGCUGUCUUCGAUAAGUUCAUCAGGUACUUGUAUUGCGGCGAGCUGACUGUGCUGCUGGCCCAGGCCAUCCCGCUGCACAGGCUGGCCACCAAGUAUGGUGUGACCUCCCUACAGCGGGGCGUGGCCGACUACAUGCGCGCGCACCUGGCGGGAGGCGCGGGCCCGGCGGUGGGCUGGUACCACUACGCGGUAAGCACGGGAGACGAGGCUCUGCGGGAGAACUGCCUGCAGUUCCUGGCCUGGAACCUGUCGGCGGUGGCGGGGAGCACCGAGUGGGGCGCCGUGAGCUCUGAUCUGCUACUGCAGCUCCUGCAGCGCUCCGACCUGGUGUUGCAGGAUGAGCUGGAGCUGUUCCACGCGCUGGAGGCGUGGCUGGGCCGCGCGCGGCCGCCCCGCGCCAUGGCCGAGCGCGCUCUGCGUUCCAUCCGCUACCCCAUGAUCCCUCCGGCGCAGCUGUUCCAGCUGCAGGCGCGCUCGGCCGCCCUGGCGCGCCAUGGCCCCGCCGUGGCAGACCUCCUGCUGCAGGCCUACCAGUUCCACGCCGCCUCGCCGCUGCACUACGCCAAGUUCUUCGACGUCAACGGCAGCGCCUUCUUGCCCCGCAACUACCUCUCGCCCGCCUGGGGCCCGUGGGUCAUCAACAACCCAGCCCGCGACGAUCGCAGCACCAGCUUCCAGACGCAGCUGGGCCCGAGCGGCCACGACGCGGGCCGCCGCAUCACGUGGAACGUGCUCUUCUCACCACGCUGGUUGCCGGUCAGCCUGCGGCCGGUCUACGCAGACGCUGCGGGCACCGCGCUGCCGGCUGCGCGCCCCGAGGACGGACGGCCGCGACUCGUGGUCACGCCGGCCAGCAGCGGUGGCGACGCGGCAGGAGUGAGCUUCCAGAAGACCGUGCUGGUCGGAGCGCGCCAGCAGGGUCGCCUGCUGGUCCGCCACACCUACAGCUUCCAUCAGAGUAGCGAGGAGGCCGGUGACUUCCUGGCGCACGCCGAUCUGCAGCGGCGUAACUCUGAGUACCUAGUGGAGAACGCGCUGCAUCUGCACCUCAUUGUCAAGCCUGUCUACCACACCCUCAUCCGGACCCCCAAGUAGCCUCCGAACUAGGAAAUAAAGGCCUGGCCAAGAUGGCACCAAGGUCUGGGGAGGAGGAGGGCAGCAUAGAAGUGACUACCAAACUGGCCCAUGGAUGACCAGGUGCUGGCGCAUUGGGUCUGGGGUGAAAGCCCUGUGAGCCGCGGUAGACCAGAUGCCUGGUUUCAGGAGGUUCGAGAGCAGUUACUCUUGGCCCUGAACAAAUAUGUGCUCAGAGAAGCGAGGGGAUGAUUGGACCAGUCCCUAAACCACCUAGGUAGUUCCACAAGAUUAGGGUUCCCCUGCUCUUCACCGAGCUUUUCCCUGAGAGCCUGCCCUCCAUCCACAAAUGGAUUAGUGUAUGCAAUAACAUAAAAUAGCCCAGACGGACCUGCCAUCCUGGGACACCUAGUAACUUAUUCCUGGCAGGUUUCUCACCUUAAGCUAAGAAGCUGAGCUGGGCAGUUUCUGAGCCCUGGCCUCCAGCAGGCAGCCAACCCUUCUGGGUUGCAGAGGCUUUCUGCAGUAGUCCUUGACCGGAAGUCCUUGACCUCCCUCUCCUAGGAGGGGGCCUAGGGCAAGUGUGAAGGCUGGAUGGAGGCAUAAACCGGACCUUGCUCUUAGCUGAGGAAGGGUCUUGGGGUCUGGAGAAAAAAAACCAUUUCCCUCAAUGUUUUCUUGUUUUGUUUU